GCCCCUCCCCUUUUUCAGGCUGCGUGGUAGGUGUAUAUAAACACUCUGCUUGGUUCUAGGAGAAAUUUAAACUAUUCCCGCUUGGCUAGUAAUUUGCUUUGAAGGAAAAAAAAAUAAGCAGGCAGUUUUACUUUUGAUGCUUAGCGAAGCUCUCGUCAUGUCGACAUCCAUUACGACUCGGUUUCUGCCGCUGCUGCUGCUGAUGAUGUUGCCGCUUGCUGUCGUCGCCGAAGACAGCGAGUACGACUCGGACAGAAGACAAGCCAAGAGCGCCCUAUUGAAACGACACUUUUUCCAAGGCGACAUCCUACGUGACAGUCAUGAUAAGCAUGUGACGACGGACCAAGACCUGCUCUGGCCAGGAGGCGUUGUUUACUACACCAUACAUCCCAAGCUGAAUCGACGCAAACGGGCCAUUCGAAAGGCAAUGCUGGAACUGGAAAACAAGACCUGCGUGCGCUUCGUCCAGAGGACCGAUCAGACCGACUACGUGAACAUCGUCGCCAAUGACGGCUGCGAGUCCCACAUCGGUCGCGUGGGCGGCCCUCAGGAGCUAAGCCUGGGCUCUGGAUGUGUGUGGCACGGUACCAUCCUGCACGAGUUCUUGCAUGCGUUGGGCUUCGAACACGAGCACGCACGCAUCGACAGGGACAACUACAUCAAGGUGUACAGAAGCAACAUCCUUGCUGAUGAAUGGGAUCAAUUCAAGAAACAGGAUCCGAGCGAGAGCAGGAUACUGAACCCGUUCGACUACGGCUCAGUCAUGCUGUACGGAUCGACAACCUUCACGCGAAGCGACGACGUCUACAGCAUGACCGGCAAGGACGGGUCUCUGCUUCAAGAAACCUGGGACAAGCCGGGACUCAGUGCUAGCGACGUGCUUCGAGUGAAUCUCCUCUACGGCUGUUCGCCCAGUCAGUCCUCAAAGCCUACGCGCAAGUCGAAGAAAACGCCGAAGCCGACCAGCAGAAAAUGGAAGCCCAGGACCAGGCCCACUCGCUUGCCAAGGCGGACACCGGGAGCGUGAUGAACGAAUCUUUCGAGUAAUUGUGUAUGUGACAUCGAACUUCGCGCCUCAGUUGCACAAACCUCGGGUAUUGAAGUGGAACAAACCGGACGCUGCCGUUUACGGACUAGUUGGACGGGGUGCGAAAUAUUAUAGAGCGACACGGCAACAAUCAAGAUGGCUACACAAGCUAGUUGGUUGUUGUUACGUUACAUAAUAAAACAGAGCUGUUUACAUUGGUGACGUACUAUUGAAGACGGCAAAGGUUUAAUUCCGUAAUGCUCGAAAAAAAUGUUAAUAAUCUAGGUGGACUCCCCAAGGUAAAGAAAACAUACAAAAUAUUAAUUAAAAAAAUAAGCGAAA